AUGGGAUCAACCAAGACUAUAAACCGUGCUUGGUGGAAAGAGAGCUCGGUCUACCAGAUUUGGCCUGCUUCUUACAAAGACUCAAACAACGAUGGCAUUGGGGACAUUCCGGGCAUCAUCUCAGAGCUCGACUACAUUAAGAACAUUGGAGUCGAUAUUGUCUGGCUAUGUCCGUCGUAUAAGUCGCCCCAAGUUGAUAUGGGCUAUGACAUCGCCGAUUACUACAGUAUCGCGGACGAGUACGGCACGGUCGCAGAUGUCGAGAAAUUGAUUCAAGGAUGCCAUCAACGAGGCAUGAAGCUUCUCAUGGACCUUGUGGUCAACCACACCAGUGAUCAGCACGAAUGGUUCAAGCAGUCGCGCAGCUCCAAGGAUAACGAGUUCCGCGACUGGUACGUCUGGAAGCCCCCGCGCUUUGACGAACAGGGCAACCGUCAUCCUCCCAACAACUGGGUUUCUCAUUUCCAAGGAAGUGCUUGGCAGUUUGAUGAGCACACUGGCGAGUACUAUCUCCAUCUCUAUGCCACCGAGCAGCCCGACCUGAACUGGGAGCACCCACCUGUGGUCAAGGCCGUUCACGAUAUCAUGCGAUUCUGGCUUGACAAGGGCUGUGAUGGCUUCCGCAUGGACGUGAUCAACUUCAUUAGCAAAGACCAAGCCUUCCCAGAUGCGCCCAUUACGAACCCUCACAGCGAGUGGCAAUGGGGGGAUAGGUACUACGCCAAUGGACCGCGCCUUCACGAGUAUCUUCAGGGUGUGGGUAAGAUCCUAAAGGAAUAUGAUGCGUUCAGCGUUGGUGAGAUGCCUUUCGUCAAAGACGAGAAGGAGGUUCUUCGGGCCGUGCAAUUCGACCGCAACGAGAUCAAUAUGAUUUUCAACUUCGAGCACGUCGAUAUUGAUCAUGGCAAAUACGACAAAUUUGAGCCCGGCAGUUGGAAGCUUACCGAUCUUAAAAAGUUCUUCGAGCGUUGGCAGACCUUCAUGUAUGCUAAUGAUGGCUGGAACGCCCUCUACUGGGAGAACCACGACCAACCACGCUGUGUCGACCGCUUUACCAAUGCAGGCGAAGACCACCGUCUUGUCGCAUCUAAGAUGUUGGCUAUUGCUUUGGCGCUGCAGUCUGGUACUCCCUUCGUGUAUCAGGGGCAGGAGCUGGGCAUGAGCAAUGUCCCUACUACAUGGGAUAUUGAAGAGUACAAGGACAUCGACUGCCUCAAUCACUGGACUGGGGUUGUCAAAGCAAAGAACUACGACGCAAAUGCUCAGGCUAUUGCUCUCCAAGAAUACCAGAAGAAGUCCCGCGACAACGGCCGCACCCCGGUGCAAUGGUCCGAUGCCCCGAAUGGAGGAUUCACCGCUUCCAGUGUCAAGCCUUGGAUGUCUGUGAACCCAAACUACGUACGCAUCAAUGCCGCUGCUGAAGUCAAGGACCCUAAUUCGACCUACCACUUCUGGGCAGCCGUUCUCGGUCUGCGCAAAAAGUACCUGGAUAUCUUCGUAUAUGGCGAUUGGGCUAAUGUUGAUCCUUCGAGCGAGGAUGUAUUUGCGUACACUCGCCAAUAUGAGAACCAGAAGGCUCUGGUGCUGUGCAACUGGACCGAGAAGAACUUGGACUGGGACGCCUCAAGCAACGGCAUCGCCAGUGUCAAGGAGGUACUUUUGAACACCUACGAGAGUGCAAACGAUGCCACACAGCGUUUCUCCAGCGGAAAGUGGUCGCUCCGACCUUAUGAGGCCGUUGUUCUAUCACUGUAG